AUGGAGCUCCCACCCGAGAUUCGAAACCAGAUAUACAGCUAUCUUUUCCUGCCUCUGCGCCUCGAAAUCAUCCGAGCCAAAGAACCCCAGAGUCGCUACUACCGUCUCUACCACCACCAGUUGCGUACACGAGACCCCGAGAAUCGGUACAUUAUGAGCUGCUGUCGAGACUCUGCCCCGCAAGACUCGUUCUCAACUGCAAGACUGUCACUGUCGGAGAAGCCAAGGACAAAGGGAAGGGGAAAGGGAAAGCCCCAAGCGAAGGCAAACACUACGAACAAAAAGCCCAGGAGAUGGCCCCCUCAGCUCGCUCUCCUCUUCGUUUCAAGGCAAUCCGCAGUGGAUACAGUCGGUCUGCUGUACUCCUGCACGCAGUUCGUCUUUGAUUCAACAAAGGCCAUCUCCAGAUUCCUUGACUCCGUCUCACCUAUUGCGAAAAGCGCAAUCAAGCACGUCGAACUGCUUCACAGAAUGUACAACGAGCCUCGCCUCUCACAGUACCGCCCCAUCAAGCUACGGAGUGAUCAAAACUGGUUUGUGGUGUGUGAGAGAAUGGCCGACGCCUUGACGAACCUGAAUGUGUUACAUGUUCACAUGGCCAUUUUUGAUGCGCCUAUCAAUCUCGAAGUCGGGGAGGAUUGGUCGUUGGCGCUGUUGGCCUUCAGCGGAAAGGGCGGAAAGAGAGGAGAUGGUGGAGGGUUGCGGUUUGUGAAGGUGAACCUGGGGUAUCCCCAUGCCUCGGAGGAAAAGAUUCGCAAGGUAGAGGCGGAACUUGAAGCGAGGCUUAUGGAUCCGGGUGCGCUGCAGGUGCGCGAGGACGAGACAUUGGCAAGGGAGAUGGCUGGGCAUAUCAAGGCAUCGAAGGUGCUUAGGUUGUUUUUUAACUGA